AUCCUACUACUUCUAGUACUAGUGCUACCCAUGUUUUCAAAUUCGCCGCCCAGUACACGCGGCUAGUCCAUUCUCCGUCACGUAAUGAAGUUCCGUAGCGAUAAAAGCCCCGGAUGGUAUUAUAUAUCUGCACAACCGCCUUUGUUGCACGUUUACCAAGUUCGCCAAUCUCAACAUGACAUACGUCGCACACAAUCCUGCUCACACCUAUCUCAAUGAUCCUUCUUGGUGGCCGUUUCUCAUUUGGAUUCAUUCUUACAGCAAUUCUGCAGUUGUAUCCUCGGUCGUGGUGGUAUAUGAUUGGGCAUUAACAUCUGGACAAGAGUUCGAGCUAAUCUGGAAGCAACGAUGGUCUCUCAUAAAACUGUUAUAUAUUGGUGUGCGCUAUUAUGGAAUACUAUAUGCUAUCGUCAGCUUCCUAGGGAAUGUUCCAAUCUCGAAUACCGAUAAAGUAGGGGGUAAUUUUUUCUACUUCCUGCAAGCAUGGACGCCUGUCAUCGUGAAUUCUAUGCUAGCCAUCAUCAUGAUGACCCGGAUAUAUGCCAUGUAUCAGCAAUCCAAACCGAUACUCGUCUUUCUCGCUCUAGCCUUGGUGGCUUCCACAAUCACCUCCGGAGCCAUGUUGGUCAUGGGAAACACCGGUAUUUCAGGGGAGGAAUUCGUCCUUUCUGGCUACCAUAUCUGUCUUGUCCAGAUCGACACGCCCCAGAUGAAUCUAAAUCACGAGAUGGUGAUACCAACCGCUAUAUGGGAGAUUCUUGCCUUUCUUCUUGCAGUCUGGGUUGUUAUACUACGCUUCCGUGAAAUGCAACAAUCAAGAACUGGAUCCAGCAUCGGAGACUGUUUCACGAUGUUGAUAAAAAGUCACGCGUUGUACUUUCUAGCAUUUGCUGCUGUGGCUUGCUUUAAUCUCGGCGACUUGUCUCCACAAUUACUGCAUUCAACAGCCAUGGCAGAUGAUAUCUAUGCCGGCGCUCUUCGAGUUGCACGAGUGUUGCAGAUGUUUGUGCUGGGACCACGUCUGAUCCUCAGCAUUCGAGAAUAUCAUUUUAAGCUCACGGCUAGGUCUGACGGGGAGACCGGUAUAACUGCGAUUGCUUUCCAGGCUCUCGGACAAGUAUCGACUGACAGUGAUGUGGAAUUGGACACAAUGCGGUCCAACCCUGUGUAACGUAGUUCAUUAUCAUUGUAUUGUAGUCACAGGGAUAAAUGUAGAGGGUAUAUGGGGCACAUGCGCGCGUAAACGACAAACGACAAGGUGCAUUGGGCCUCCCAAAGAAGUUUCAAACCUUGACUUUUUAUCCACAAUCUCUGAGAAAUAGCAAGCCAAAACUGAGAACGAUAUCUAUGUGUAGCUUUUGCUCUCUCGUCUAGCGAGUAAAAUCACGUAUAUUGACGUGAUCAAGGGAAACGAAAUGGUCAUUGCACCGCGAGCCAGCGGGGGACAAUGUACAUGUGCGAGUGCUGGAAGAUACUAACUAUUAUAAGGGUGGAACGAGAGGUUUCGGGCGAGGACGCGCAGCGUCUUCCGGCCCCGAGA